AUGGCCUCCAGUUCCUGUCCACCAUCUCCACUACAAGUGAGGCUCCAGAAGCCCAUCCCCCAGGCCGCCAGGAAAAUAAAGCAGCACUUUGAGAGCCGGGAUUCAGAAGGCGGGGAGUGUAGUAUCCAGCCUGUGGGUCCCAGUGCUCCUGACACCUUCGAGGUGAACUUCUUAGAAAGGACAGCCAAAGAAAGAGUUCUGAAAAAGAGAGACCAGCAGAUGGUGAAUGAUGGCAAACCUGUGGAUAUUUUCUUAGAAACAACAAAAAAGCCAGUGAAGGAUCCAAGAACCAAACCUCGAUCUUUAACACAGCCAGCUGAUGCUCCAAGCUUCAGUCCUCCAUCUUUGAUACUGCCAGCUGAGACUCCAAGCUCCAGACCUCGAUCUUUGUCACAGCCAGAUGAGCUCCACACAAGCAAGAUGCAAACAGUCAUGGCUUCCAGUUCCUCCCCGCUGUCCCCACGACGAAUGAAGCUCCACAAGUUCAUCCCCUGGGGCCACAAGAAACUAAAGCCAUACAUAGAAAGCCAGGAUUCAGAAGGCAGGGAGUGCAGUGUUCAGGCCGUGGGACCCAGCGCUCUUGAUAACUUCGAAGUGAACUUCUUAGAAAGGGCAGCUAAGGAGAGAGUUCUGAAAAAGAGAGACCACCAGAUGGUGAUUGAUGGUAAACCUGUGGAUAUUUUCUUAGAAACCACGAAAAAGCCAGUGGAGGACCCGGGACCCAGACGUCCAUCUUUGACACAGUCAGCUGAGUCUCCAACAUUCAGACGUUUAUCUUUGAAAUUGCUAGCUGAGGCUUCAAGCUUUAGACCUCGAUCUUGGGCACUGCCAGCCAAGACUUUAAACUCCAAACGUCCAUCUUUGACACAGUCAGCUGAGUCCCCAACCUUCAGACGUUUAUCUUUGAAAUUGCCAGCUGAGGCUUCAAGCUUUAGACCUCCAUCUCUGAGACAAACAUCUGAGUUUCACACAAGCAAGAUGCCAACAGCCAUGGCCUCCAGUUCCUGUCCACCAUCUCCACUACAAGUGAGGCUCCAGAAGCCCAUCCCCCAGGCCGCCAGGAAAAUAAAGCAGCACUUUGAGAGCCGGGAUUCAGAAGGCGGGGAGUGUAGUAUCCAGCCUGUGGGUCCCAGUGCUCCUGACACCUUCGAGGUGAACUUCUUAGAAAGGACAGCUAAGGAGAGAGUUCUGAAAAAGAGAGACCAUGAAAUGGUGAUUGAUGGCAAACCUGAGACCAUUUUUCUGGAAACCAUGAAAAAGCAAGUGGAGGACCCAAGACCCCGACCUCAGUCUGUGACACAGUAUCCGGAUGAAGCCCUCUCCGAUAAAGGGCCUGUUUAUAAUUCUGAUGAUGCUAUUGUCCAGAAGAAAAAAAAGCACCCAGAUACACACUUUGUGAUAUAUCAAGAGUCAAUGACUUUAAUUGGUUUGCCUAAUCGGCCUCCAGAGACAAAGCAGUAUGUCUUCAAAAGAAUGGGACUGUCCCUACCUUCUGGAAAGAGAUUAAAUGUGGAUUACGAAACACCCACGGAUAUCGACAGGAAUGAUGCAAAUGCAGCUUCACCUCCUCUCAGAGCCUCUGCUGACAGCUCUGGGGCCUUGAAGGUGAAUGAUAACAAAAAUUCCUGUGCCAUCUGCAUGGAUACCAUUAGCAACAAACAUGUACUCUUUAAGUGCAAGCAUGAAUUCUGAUCCUCUUGUAUCACCAAGGCCUUGUCAAUCAAGUCUGUCUGUCCUCUGUGUCAGAUGUCCUAUGGUAUCCAGAAAGGGAACCAGCCAGAUGGAACCAUGACUUUCACCACUUCAAGACAGUCACUUCCGGGUUAUGCAGACUGUGGCACAAUUGUGAUUCAAUACAUUAUAGAAAGUGGCAUCCAAACAGAUGAGCACCCAAACCCAGGAAAGCCUUAUAGUGGAACACGACGAACUGCAUACUUGCCUGAUAAUCAGGAGGGAAGACACGUCUUGGGUCUGCUCAGAGAAGCCUUUAACAAAAGGCUGAUUUUCACAAUACGAGACUCUCGAGUACCAGGAGUGUAUGAUGUUGUUACAUGGAAUGACAUCCAUCACAAAAUAUACACGUUUGGAGGACCAAGAAAUUUUGGCUACCCUGAUCCUCAUUACCUGAAACGUGUCAAGGAGGAGCUGAAAGCAAAAGGAAUUGAGUAA